GUACUUUUAGGAUUUGACAGAGUUUGCACAACAUUUCAGCAACGACGUGAACAUCUGCAGUAAGGACAGUUUUCUGAAGUGACAUCCGUUGAUGUGAUUGAAGCAUGACAGAGGUGAUGAACACACGGGAACCAGCGAUGGAGGAAUUUGCACUCAGCCAGACUCCCGAAGAAGAAGGAGGCUCUUCAAGCCAGGCCUUCCCAGACUCACGUGAGAAGUACCCCAAGCUGUCCAAAAGACUGCCAUCGAUCGUGGUGGAGCCAACUGAGUCGGGGGAGGUGGAAAGCGGGGAGCUGCGCUGGCCUCCUGAUGACCUGAAAUCAGCAGAAGACAAGGGUCUUCAUGGUGACCAAAGAGUCUGUGUCCAGCAGCAGCAUCAGCAGAUGGAUCUGGAAGAUACUUUAGCACAUCCAGGUCAAGAAGUGGAAGACAGUACAGAUACUCUGGAAAGCAGAACUGAAGAGGAUGAGUAGCGACUCCAUGGCCUCAGAAGUGAAACUUCAUUGUGAAUGUUGUUGGAAAGCUCACACACUCUGAAGACAUGUCAAAGUAAUUUGUUUUUAAAUCUGCAAGGGUUUUAUUUAGUUAGUACUUGGUAAGAAGCAUCUGGGCUUUAGAACUGUUCUUUUUAACAUUUUGAUUUUCAGGCUGGGAUUUAUAUUAUUUGUUUAAAUUUUCCUUGGGAUACAAUAGGAUAUGUUAGGAAAUACAAGUUUAUCAAGGAAAAAAUGCUCCUAAUUUCAAUUAGCACAUUUCAUUGGAUUUAGCUUUUCUGAAGCAAGGCUGCUUUCAGGUAUCAAGAGCAGGACAAAGAGGUUACGUUUUUACAAGAGGGAUGUCUUAAAUCUAAAACCUUUCUUGUUUUUAGCCAUUUAAAACUAGCACUGUGAUAUUAUGGACAAUAGAUGUAAUAUAAUGUCACCAUUUGAUUUUUUAACUUUUGUAUAGAGAUGCAAGUGUAAGAAUUGCCUCCAGGCUGCCACCCCAGGGCUGCUCAGAGCAGUUCUCUCCCUUUGGAUAACCUGUGCAAAUUUGGAUGAACCAGCCUUUUCUCAAGCUGCCUUUUCAAUAGGGCUGAUGCCUUUCAGAAAUGCUUUCUUGCUGUACAUUGACAAAGCAGAUAAGCUAGUUGCUGGUGUUGGUGGAGUGCAGCUGUCUGUUGUAGGCUUGGUGGAGUGAAUCAUGCUGUUUGUGUGCUCUUCAGGUCCAGGUCCAGCCAUGGUGUGAUGCACGCUUCUCUCCAUUGAAGCCGAUGAGACGGCUCUCACUUCCACCAGGGCUGGAUUUGUCCCAUCUUGUUAACAGAAAUUGUAACAAUUCUACUUUUAGUAUGUUUUGUGUAUAACAUAGGUGCAGAGUUCCAACCAUUCCUUUGUUGACCUGAGCUGAGCAGUUGUUGUGGUUGGAUGACGGGAGCUCCAUAGCAUGGCCCAAACCUGCCCUGAAUUUUGCCUCAUGCCAGGUCCUCCGCAAGCCACCCGCAGUAGGAGGUGGUGGAGGAGGGAUGAGUUGGUGGUAAACACACCCACUUCCCUCAUGCCUGAGCGACAUGCUGGGGGUGCCUUCACCUGCAGCAUGGCCCCCUUGGCUUCAGUUACAUGGCCACCUCCUGGAGACCAGAGCUAACAGUGGGACCAACUGUCUUUGGACACCUCGGGCUUCCAGUGGAUUUUCCUUUGGGAUUUGGGGCCUAUUUUGACAAGGGUGAACCCAUUCCUGAAUGGGAACCUCCCAGAUACUCCCUCCCACCACCCCAGGAGAAGCACCAAUCUUGGACCAAAACUCUACCCUUUGGACAAUGUUGGUGGAGGCAAGUAAUGCAUUUACUCAAAAGGGUUUGACUAUGUCAGAGAUGAGUGUCCCACAAGUUAUGAUGAUGCUUUCUCCAUCUCUGUAGGGCUGGAUGAGGUCUGUACUUCCAAUUAAUGUUGCAGCCAGAAGAAGCUGCUCACUGUAGGUGGAAUGAAACAACAGGAUUUCUUCCAGCGUUAACUCUUAAGUUGACUUCCAAGUGCUUUCUUUUCUCUAGUAAUGAAUUUCUGUAACAGCAAAUUUUAGUUGUGUGAUGGUGGGUAAAAUUUACUGGCCAGAUGUAUUAAUAAGAUAAGUUUAUAUCUUCUUAGCAACCAAAUUUAAUAUAUUUACUUACAAAGACUUCAGUGCAAUGAAUGUUUAAUACAAAGGAAAGAGACUAUUUUACUUCAAAGCAACAUUAAUUUAUGUACAAAACUAUAGCUCAUUAUUUGGGGUGUUUGGGAUCUAGAACCCAUUUUAUAAGCAGUAUAGUAUAGUAUAAUGUGAUACUUAAACUUUGCUCUCUCGACCUAUGUAAUAAUCGGUUUUGCCUUCUUGAUAUGGACUCUCUUACCUAUGCUGUCACAGAAUUAUUUUGUUGGACAAGUGGGAUUCUGGUCAGAGCACCGAAUUCACCAGGGUAACUGAAGGUUUUGGAGCAAUUCCUAUAUCUGGCUGCCAUCCCUGUCACCACCUUCGCUGGUGACAAUUUUCUGGUAAAGCCAACGAAGCAAAAGCAAACUCAAGCUACAUGUUUGGGUAGCACAUGAGCAGUGAGAGGAGGCUCCUAUCUUGGACUUGUCUACAGCUGGUCCCAGUGGGAAGAAAGCUGUGCUGGCAAGCCAGCCAGGAGGAUGUGAGGUGCUCUUUAAUGCUGCUUUUGCAUUGACCGUCAAGAAGCUUUACAAAACUCUGGGGGAAAAACAACAACGAUGACGACAUAUUUUUAGCCGUGUGAUUUCCUUUCAAUCUGCAUCUGCCCAGCUCCAUGAGGAAUGACGUUAGACUUAUCACUUAAUUUGCUUUUCACUUUUUAAAAGGAAAAACAGUUGUUUCAAACACUUCCCCCAAUUUUAUGUGCUCUCUAUCUGCUUUCAGACGCUCCCUCCCUUCCUGCUGUGGAUAGCCCUUAUCCUAUUUCCACCUGAGGCCAGUGGCACUUCCCUAAAUAAAUUUCCCAAAGAAACAACAAAAUUCUACAUACACCCUGAAAAAACGCCAUGUAGCUGUGCUUUUUUUCUUCCUUGUACGUAAAGCUACAGCCCAUAUAGAAAGGCUAGAUUUCCUCCUUCCAGCCUAAUUACUUCUCCCUUUCCUUUCACACUGUGCCCUUUGAGUAUUUUACCUGAAGCAAAUGGAUGCUUAAAAUGAAAGCUUUCUCCUAAAACUGUGUGGCCUCAGUUCAACGAGCAUGCAAAGCCAAACUCCUCCUCCCAUUUUUAUGUUUCUGAACAUGGGCCAGAGGCCCUAAAAUAGGAGAGCAAGAUAGAGAAAAAAUUGUUUUAUACAAACAAGCCCUAUUUAUUCAACUUGCAGGUCUAUGAAUGUCCACUUAAUUUGUUUGUGUGCAAGUGUUGUCUCUCUAAUAAACUCGGUGGUUGUUUUGUAUUUUUUUCCUGGAUUAAAAGCUUUGUAGAAACUGAAAAGGAAAAAAAAAGACAUUCAGUCAUAUUUUUCUAGUCUAGCUUGUAGAAUAUUUCAUGUAGUGAAGAAAGGAAGUUUUACGGAUUUAGACAUUGUUGGAUAUUGCUCUAUUUCAGUUCUUUCUAAUUUUGUAAAAUGCCACCUGUACAUAAUACUCAACUACUCUAUGUCCUGUAGAUGUAUUACACCAUUUAGCCUAUUAAAUGCCUAUUCUGGACUGAUUGUGUGUUCUGGACUGAUUUUGGAUAUGUUUUCCAACGUACCUACGUGUUUUGGUUUGAAAAUGCAAAGGGUUGUUUGUGGUGUUGUGCAGCUCUUGUCCUAUGACUAAUACAGCUAAUA